AUGGAAUGGGAAUGUGAAAAGUGCACGCUGCGCAAUGAACCAGAUGCUUUGAAAUGCACAUUGUGCGAGGCAGACCGGCCAGAGCACUUUCCGAGCGGAGGGAGCCUUGAUACACCCCAGACCCCACAGACUCCGGGCAUAUUUUUGCCGCCAACAGCCGGAAGAGGGACUGCAGGAUCUACGCUUUUGCCUCCGCAGGGUACUCAGAACUUUGGGUCUGGCACACUGCCACCACAAGGCACUCUGAGUCCAAAUGCCAUGGCUGAUUUGAUGCCUUCACCGCCAAGCCGUCAACGAGCUCCUCACAGUCCAGAAGCUGAAAUGCCUUUCGGAGAGGGAUUGCAAAGCUAUGGCCAGAUGAGUCCGGCAGAUUCCAGUGUUGGAAAGAAACCAAAAAAGGCCAAAAAGGCAAAGGAUUCAAAGGCUUUGCCAGACAACACUGUUAAGAAUGAGCUUGCUUCACAAGAUUUGCAGCAAGACCUUGGUCGACAAGUCUUACCUGAUUUCAUCCAGAAAGAGGAGCAUAUCCCUACGUACUUCCCUAUAGGUGCCAGCCCGGGACCCAUGCAAGGCAGUCUGACAGGAAGCAAGGUCCUACUGCGUAUUCUGCGCGCCUACGAUCUUAGAAAUACUGACCUUGGCAUUUUGCCCAGCGAUGCUUCGGAUCCAUUUGCCAUAGCAAGAAUUGGAUCGAAAGAUGUCAAAACCCAUGUAGUCGAAAACAGCUUGAAUCCCGUGUGGGAUUCGCAAUUGUUUGCCUUCCAAUUGGCAGAGGAUGUGGACCCUGUGCUGAAGUUGGAGGUGUUCAGCUCCAAUCACUGGCAUGCAAACGACAGCUUGGGCCAGCUUGACGUCCCCAUAAGGAGCCUUGUCCCGGGUGAAGUUCACACAGUGACUUCGAUGCUGCAUGAAGAAGUUCCUCGCGAGGAGCCCUGUAUGGGCCUCCACGUCAGCAGCCGUUUGGGCCCGGAAGCUGUUGCACGCCCUGCUGAACAACUAAAGCUGGCCGAGGUUGGCGAGGCACGUCGUGUCAACGAGUAUGAAUCUUUGGCCUGCCACCUCGGACAAUAUGAUUAUUCAGGGCCGCCUCCAUACUACCCACGACAGGAAAUCAUCGACAAAAGGCAGUGGAAAGACGAUCCCUUCUCAGAAUGGCGGCGAGAUCUCAACCGAGCGGAGCGCAAAGCAACAGCCCAAGAGGUGAACGAUGCGUGGAAGAAUGACCCAUUCCAUUGGAUGCGUCCAAGCCAGGGAAAUGGAACUGAGGGGAACAUUGAACUUCUUCAGGAAGCCCAGGUUGCUCGACAUCUCAUGUCGUUGCCAUCAUUCUCUGAAGUCCCUGUGCGAAGGUUCAACGACCAUCGGGAGUAUGUUCAGAGUGCAAAUCAACAUGUUGCACAUGGCUACCAGCAUCCGGAGAUUCGUGGUAGAGAGGACAUUACGUCCGGGCUUGACCAGUGGAAGGAUGAUGCUUUCUUCGGCUGGUUGCCCGGACGAGGAGACCAGAUGGCAGAGACCAAGUUGCGGCGCCCGCUUCAGCAAGCCCGUUUGGCUCGCUUGCCUUCGUUUGCUGAAGGCUCCAAGGAGCUUGCAGGAGUGACAGGCAGAGGCAUUGGUGUCCUGACACUGUGGGUCAAUGGAGCAGCACAGUUAGCAUACAGUGUUGGUUCCGGUUUGCACGGAACGCCAAGUCCAGCCGUAAAGGUUCGACUCAGAAGUGAUCAAGGCACUUCAAGAGCACCACAAGAAAAACUCACGGCGACAAUUCCCAAGGAUAGCAAUCCCAAGUGGAACUCGCCACCAAUGACGUUUGAAAUCAACUCGCUCAUGGAUGUGUUGGAGCUUAACGUGCUGGAUUGGGCAAAUCCACGGGGAGAAGAGCAUCUUUCUCAACAUUUCUUGGGGCGCACCCAGAUGCAGAUCCAAAGAAUAGUUGAAGCUUUGCACAGAGCCAAGAAUCCAACGAAACGGUUGCCGUUCCGUGAGCCUUUGGACGGAUCUCCAAACCAAGCCUUGAUUGACUUCGAUUGCCUCUACGAGUCGUACGACACAGAGGUCCAAUCGCCCGCUUGGCGGCAAGCAGAGCCAGGUCAGCUUAGCUGGCAGUCUUUGCCAAAGAGCCGAUACAAUUCACAGAGCCGCGACCGAGAUGGACGCGAGGGCCAUGGAAUUCUCUCUGUGCGUGUCAUUGCCGCGUACAACUUGAUCAAUACUGACACUGGCUUUUUUGGGGACGUCUCAGAUCCCUAUGUAUCUCCAGCAGAGAAGUCUUGGGCGCGUGCGUGGAGCAUUUGUGCUGCCAUCACUCGUUUUCAGCAUAGAAGGCAGGCAAGCACUGCAGCAAUAACUUGCUUUGCCUGCAGAAUUUCCGUGCACAUAGUUGCGAAGCCACCUGCUCAGAACAAGGUUAAAUUGCGAAGCAUGUGUUUCACAAGGUCAGGUGGGCGCAGAGUCAGGGCAAGAAAUGAAAGAGGGUGCAGAGUCGGCGCAAAGCUGGUAAGGUCUGGCGCUCAAGGCUGGGAGGAUGUAGCGAUUGAAGAAUAUGCAAAGCGAUUGCGCAGUGGCAGUCCGGCGGUGGAGGUUGAGACAAUAUUCCACAAAGGCUCCUUGCAAUUGAUGAGGGCCUUGAACAAAGUGCAGCAUCCAAUUCUUGUUCUGGAUGAGAGGGGUUUGCUAGUCAACUCAGAGGAGUUUGCGGAUUUGGUAUUUGAUCGUUUGGAGGCUGGUGGCGCGCGGCUGUCCUUUGUGAUCGGGGGUGCUGACGGGUUGAUGCCAGACGAGCUGCGUUGUUUGCCAAAAGCACAUCUUCAAGCGGAGGCGGGCAGGGAGUUGCUGUCCUUGGGGCGGAUGACUGUGCUUGGUCAGGUUGGUGCGUGUGGUCUUGGUGGAACAACUCUACCGCGCUCGAGAGAUUAG